AUGGAUUUUAUUCUGUCUCUGACGCAUUUCUGCGAAGUGCAUGGUCCCACUUCCGUCCUCUGCUCCCAAGUCCUGCCAUUUUCGUGCUCGCAAUGCCAUCCCGACGACGCCGAUCUCUCCGCCUCCGAUACGCCCUCAACUUCGCAUGACACCGCCUCGACUUCUUCUCGCCGCAACAACACCCGCUUCUCCUCCUCGCCCGCCAACUCGGCUCUGUCCACCUCGUUUACCGGGAGCGUCAAAUCAAACGCUGCCCAUCCUCCGCAGAAUCUGGAGGAUCUCCCAUAUUUCCUGAAAUCGCAACAGUCGCAGCUCAGUGCAGAUCGCCUAGGCGAGACCAACGGCGACACUUGCGCCAGCUGCAGCAUCUCGCUUCCUGAAGAUGUGAGCAAGAAGCUGCCCGCCAGCCCCAAAACCGAUGGCAAGGCCAAGAAUAACAACAGCCCCGUCCUGCGCUCUCGCGAGGUCGUCUACUCGUGCGGCGGCAGCCAUUCCGAAUCGGAAGAAGAACAGCACGACCCUCACCUCCAUGCAUCAUUACCCGAUUCGCUGCACUCCUUCUCGGUCGACUCCGAUGUCUCGUGUCACACCCACAUCCUGACCUAUCUCUCGUUACACGGCCCUCCGAACCCGGCUGAUUAUGCUCUUCUCCGGCAGUCGUCCAUCCGCACGCUCAGUUGCGAACUGCUCCCGCGUGGUCUGUCUUCUGGCCGCCUGUGCUUCGGAGACUCUGUCGCCGGUUACACUAUAGCCUAUGUUUUUCGUUUGCCUGACCCAAUGGCACGCGGAAAGCGACGCAGCUAUGCGCUUGUGGCUCUCGCCGGGAAGGAUGCCACCCGGGCGUUCCGUGCCUCGCCGAUAAUUUGGCGCAUCUUCCAGCGCAUUGCCACGAGCAUUGUGACUGCUGCCGAAAAGCACCAAGAGGAGGAAAAGAAACGCGAGGAACAGGCAUUCCAAUCGCCCAACAGCAGCGCUGGUCGCAAUUACACACCAGUCUCUUCUUUUCUUACGGGCCGCGCUUACGACCCUAAUGGAAACCCGCGCCGUGCCGGGCAGAUUCGCGCACGCAACCUUGCUGAAAUUGUGGGCAAUGAAUACAUUUUUGCUGAGCUGCAUGCCCAAUUUGUUACUCUCUUGCAACAACUAGGCAACAUGUUUGGCGGCGUGCCGAUCUCUGAUGAGCGAUUCGUCUGCAGCACUGUUUUGCCUGAAGGAACAGUCCCAGGCGAGUCGCGCCGCGGCAGUGUUGCCACGACUUCAACGCCGGCCAAGGGCGACACGAAGCCCGCGCCUCGCCAUAACAGAGGCCCAAGUGAUUUGGAUCUGUCGUCGCUGAACAUGUCCUCCAGGCCGCAACCGAUACCCAUCUCGCCGCGCCGUCCGAUUGCGACAUAG